UGGCAAUGUUGUCCACCGAACGGGUGGUCCGAAACGUCAUAAUUUUUAGGUUAGGUUAAAUUAGGUUGGUUAGGACAACAAAAACGUGUUUUUUCGAUGGAAUUACUAAAAACCAUGUAAAAACUCACCUAAAUAUCUAAAUUUCCCUUUGUUUGGCACACGGAGCUUGGCAGGUGAAGGGAAUUUAGUGAUAAAAUGGACCCGAGAGUAUCGAACCCAGUGCUGUCCUCCCUAAACAUCAAACCCGAAGACAAAAUAAUUUUCAUUCAAGAAAACUCUUUUGCCGACUCGAACUUCAUCAUAACACAUUUAAUAAAGCAGUUGCUCUACGACAAAAGUCGAGCCUGCGUGUUAACUUUGCACAAUACAGUUGAACAUUACCAAAACGUCGGGAAGAAAUUAGGUUAUGAUUUAAAUCAGGCCAUCCAGAAGGGCGAGAUCAGAAUUAUCGACCCGAUGGAGGAACUCGUGGCCAAUAUUGGACUAAACGAAGAGGACCCCAGAAGUCGACUGUUGACGUGCCUUUAUGCGGCAUUAAAGACCCACAUCGAACAAUUUCUUUUGCAAAAAGAGCAGCCCGUCUACCUCAUAAUUGAUGAUCUAAGUCACUUCUUGGAUUUGGGCUUAGGCAUCCCCGCCAUAAUAAACUUCACAAAUCUCUUCAUUAAUUUGACUAGUGACAAAAAUAUUUUCGCCGUUAUAAACUCUCACGUUAGCUCUAAAAGUGACCUUAUCGUGGCGGAUAGUCUGCACUACAUCUGCGACUUGUACAUUUCAGUGUCCCCAUUGAAAACCGGUAAAAGUUCGGAUGUUAGCGGGUUAAUGACUAUACAGCGCGGAGAGGACGAGAACAGGUAUCACUUUAGAACGUUCGACAGGGGAGUUAAGACAUUUCAUCCCGGGGAGAGCAUUUAUAAUUUGUAUAAGUGACUUAAUAAAGUGGUUUUAUUAUUUUA